AUGCGGCUCUACAUCUCUGCUGCUGCCGUUGAAACGGGUUCGACCAGCAGUGAUGAGAAGUUCACGUCGACUAUCAUACCGCUCGCUGCGAGAGCUGACGUACACCAAUUUAUCUGGUGCGCUGGCGUUUUUCUCGUCCUGGUGACAUCUCGCUGGCUCAUGCAAUGGCACCUGUCGACCUGGGGCCGGCUCCUGUGCUCACAUUGCAAUGGCUUCCAGGUCUCCUUCUUCGGCUUCGUUGUCGCCCUGUUCUUAGUCAGCCAUGUCGCAAGACUCACACAGUCCUUUCUUGUCAUACAAGCCCUGUAUGCCCUGUCGAUGUGCACUGUGAAAUGGAGCAUGUUGUUCAUGCUGAAGAGAAUCUUCUCCGUCAAGCCAUUUGAGAUCGUGACCUGGGUCAUAAUAUCACUCCAAGCUGGGUGGCUCGUUAUGACCGUACUCAUUGGUUUCCUCAUCUGCCGGCCGGUGCAAAAGAACUGGGACCCAACAGCGGAGGGAACUUGCGGCAACCAGAUCGCUGGCUACACUGCUGUUUCUGUGGUCAACGUCAUUGUAGACGUCUUGAUGCUUCUUCUACCUCUGCCUAUGGUUUAUAAAUUGCAGACUAGGCCAGGCUAUAAGGUUGGCCUGUUUGCCAUCUUCAGCAUUGGCUUAGUUACCAUAGCCUUCUCGACAGUACGCCUGACGUCCCUAAACUCGAUCAACUUCGAUGACUUUUCAUAUACCGUCAUCCCAGUUAUGACUUGGACGACCGCCGAAGCUGGGGUCGCUAUAUUGGUAGCAUCGUCGGCCCUCCUGCGGCCUGUAUUUGACAAGAUGUUCCACCGCAUCCUCUCAUUGUCAUCAGGAAAAACACCGGGGCCCUCCAAUGCUUCGGCACCGUACAUGAGUAGCCAGUCGAGGAUAAACGGCAAACAGCGGAGAGAAUUCGUCAAUGUCGGAGACUCUGAAGAGAGCUUUGAACUCGAGGCAAGAGGGCCGCGCACAGAGAUCCAGGUCGGAUCGAGACGGAGCAAAGGCACCCUAGACGCGAUGACUCUGGCGGCCGGUGGGUCUUCUGACAGGAAGGGGCGGAUGACGAUAGUGGUACAGCAGCAGGUCGAGCAGACAUACGAGGGGAGAAGCGUCUGA